UCUCUCUCUCUCAGUUCCUCCUCCUUGCCACUCACAUAUUCCUCCCUCUCUGCUUCAUCUCUCUCACCCCCCUACUUCUCAUUAUAAAGCUGUCCUCAUCUUAUCUUUCUUCUUAUUUAACUCGACAUAUAUAAAUGUAUGCCAUCGGCUCGGGAGCUACUCCAAUGGACUCGAGACCUCUCGGACCCGGCAUCCCUCAUGCCGGACCGGCUCGGCCCUGUCAAGAGCCCCCUACAGCCUCAGUGAACUCCAUCGACAGCGCGGACCCGUCGCUGAGUCACAUGAUGAGGAAACUGUCGAUGACGGCAAGCCGGAGCCACAAGGAAGCGGAGAGGAGGCGCAGGCAGCGAAUCAACGCCCACCUCUCCACCCUCCGCUCCCUCCUCCCCUCCACCUCCAAAAUGGACAAGGCGUCCUUGCUUGCCCAGGUGGUCCACCGAGUGAAGAAGCUGAGGUGCCAGGUCGCUGACGUGGCACGCCGAGAUGGGCCUGCGUGCUUGUGCCCAGAGCUUCCGGGGCCGCUUCCCAGCGAGUCGGACGAGGCCAGCCUGAGUCGCUGCAGCGGCGAGGAAGGCCUGGUGGAAGCGACGGUGUGCUGCGACGACAGGCCGAGCUUGAACCGGGACUUGGGCCAGGUUGUUCGGGCUUUCGGGGCCAGGGUGGUUCGCGCCGAGAUGGCGACGCUGGCCGGGCGCACCCGGUGCGUUUUGCGGAUCAAGUGGGCUGGGAGGGAGAGUGAAUUUGGUGGGCUGAAACGGGCUUUGAGGAUGGUUAUGGAGAAUCGGGCUUUAGAUUGUGGUCCGGACCGAGUGGCGGUAGGGGAUAAAAGGACUCGGGCUUAUAGUUCGAUUGACACCGGGGUUGAUGACCGACUGUAAGGUCAUAAGUCCACAAUUAGUUAGAUGGCAUUGUCAUUUAGGUACACAUCUUGCCGUCAAAAAUCUUAUC